GGACUGCCUUCGGGGAAGGGUAGAGCUCCCGCGGGGGUGGCGAGGAGCAGCCCUGGGGGCGGUGGGUGCCGGCCGCCCUGCGCUCCACCUGCCGCACGUGGGGGUCUGCGCUUCCCGGUGCCGUGCGGACAGCGCUCGGCUCGUGGCCGGGGAAGGAGCGGGGCCCUGCGAGCCCCUCCGCCCGUGCCGACGCUGCUGUAGUGCUCAGGCGUGGAGUUGAAUGGAAGUCGCUUUCUUUUGCUCCGGAGGCACUUUUCUUUUUCCAUACUGAGCAAAUAGGUUUGAGAACGAAUCGGGGGAAAGGGAGAAAUACCAAGAGAGCAAGAGCCCCAUUAUGUUUCCAUUUUCCUUUAAUGAAGGCCCUGUGGAGGUGUAUUUGAAAACACAGGGUCUCCUAUGCCUUCAAGGAGGGUGAGAACACAGUGCUGGCUGCUUCCAGGGCCAUAUGCAGCGUAUGGUGGCCAAUGAAAUGGGGCCUGGCUCGUUCUGUUGCUUGUCUUGGCAGCCAGCUUCAUGGCUUGUGUUACCAGCCCUGGAACACAACCACUGCCAAACCGUGUGUGUGUGUGUGUGUGUGUGUGUGUGUGUGUGUGUGUGUGUGUUUGGACUCAGAGCUCAACAGAAACAAAUGCUCCAGCAGCUCAGGCUGAGAUUUUUUAGCUAGUUUUCAGACAACUUGCAUGAAGAACUCUAUGUGGAAGCCAUUGCUGGAGCUGCAGUGGGAAUUGGCUGGUUAGUGCUUUCGGGGGACAUCUGGGAAUACUGGUUGUUGGAGUUCACAUCCUCAGUAUGACUGUUGGUGAUUGAAAAAUGAGAAAAGCUCUCUGUGUGGGGGUGAGUGUGUGGGUGGGAGCUGCUGUCCAAACCAUCCCUGUGUCAGGCAAUGGCUGGCUGUCAGUUCCUCGGGUCCCUGAGAUUUAAUGAGGUCAGCUAACUGCAGGUUGCUGCUCUGCUCCUCACAGUGGAUGCUUCUGCUUCCUCUGUACAGCUGAGCAUGACCUUUCUUACAGGAUGCAGCAGUCUCUGCGCCGUGCUCCUGACUGCAGAGGAGCAGACCUUCCCUCCUGCUCCCUGUGCCCCCCAUUGCUCCAUUGUGCCCUGCUGCACUCUCGUGAGCGGUGCUGAGUAUCUGCAACACUUUUUCGCUAUGUUUGCUUCUUCAGCUGCAUGGCCUGGGCUGGGUACUUGGCAGCACACAAUGCUGCAAACGUGUGAAGCGUCUUCUCCCUGCAGGAGGCUGUGCCCUGUCAGUCCUGGCUACCCCAGGACCAGGGCAGGGAUUGCCGUAGUGUGUAGCAUCCUGAAAGUGUCCCACAGUGUGAGCCCAGCAUCAGGCAGGCGCAGCACGCCUGGUGCUGUCUCUCUGGACUGCUUCAUGGAUUGCUGUGUUGCACUGACUGCCCAGGAACCAACCCAGCGCUGCAGGCUGUUUUUUAUGCAGUGGAAGCUGCAGAUUUGUGUGAUCCUCCACUGAGCAGGACUACUGCAUCUAGCCGUAGCUGAGCGAGCAGCAUAGCUGGCCAUGUCAGCAUUCAGAACAUAGCUUUUUGGGGUUUGUAGCUCUCCUUGUCCCCUGAGGUUGGAGCUCUGCACCCGAGGAGAGCCGUCUCUUGAGAAAGAGUCCAACCCUGCCCAUGUGCAGCUGUGGAAGGCCUUGGGGGGGAUAUUAACACAUCUGCUGUUCACCUCUGAGCUGUAGCCUGGCUCAGGUCAGUGCAUUCCCUCAUCCCCAAUUCCAUUUCAACUGCUCUAAGCAGGAAUAGGACAGCUUUUACCCUCCUGUUUUGUCUUGCCCACCUGUGUGCAAUGUGGCACUGUAAAUGUCUGCCACAAAUGCCUGCUCCAGAGAAAGAAAAUUAAUUGCAGUAGCUGCAAGGAGCCUUGCUGCGCUAGGUGCUGUGCAACCCCCUACUGCUACAGGUUGUUCUGAGUCAAUCACUGCAUUGCAGUGGUGGGGGUAUAGCGUCAUGCUAAUCCAUGGCUUUUUUCUGCCCUCAGAAGGGAUGGAGUGAAAUGUUGGAAAAGGACUGAUUUCUCCACUCGUAAUGGGAAUAAGUCACAGCAUCAGACAGGUGUGGGGCUCGGUGGUGUAGUGCAGCUAGGGAGGCUGUGGCAUGGCAGGAGGCUGUGCGUGCUGGGCUGCUCCUGCAUGGUGCUGCCCCCCUUAUGGAGGAGAGCAGGGAAGCAGCAAGGUCUGUGCUGAUGUCAGAAAGCUUUUCACAGUUUCUGACUAGGAAUGACUUGGGUGUUCACACUGCCAUCUGCGUGCAGCUCUGUGCUCAGAGCUGAGCCAGGCCUUUCCCACUCAAGAAAUGGGUUUAGAAUUCUGCCUCCUGAGGAUCUGCCCUUCAAAGAUUCUUCCUCUCCUUAGCAUCGAGGCCCUGCAGUCCGAUUGCAGCAGCUCAGUAGUUUAGGAUGAGAUGUUAUGCAGUAGGGUGUUCACAGACCCUGCAGUACUCUGCCUGCUCUGCAGGGUUACCCAUGGGAGGGAACAACGGGAUGGGCAGCUGGAGGUGUCUAAGAGGGGCAAAGGUGCUGCUUUGGCCUUGCAAACCCAGGGCUGGGUUGCAGGAGCUGUUUGUCCCUUGGAGAUGAAAGUGAAGCAUGGUGGCAGCAUGGCACUGCAGUGUCUGGCUCGCAGUAGUGGCAUGCUGAGCUGGUAAGCCAUACUGUUGCCAUGCCUCAAAUUCACGCAGGGGGAAAUUCUUUGGAUGCUGUGUAACACUCAUUAAUCCUAUAGCCUUGCUAGAGAGGGGGCAGGCACAGUUCAACCCAAUGGGUGUCUCUGCAGUGCUUUUGGGACACUGCAGGUGUUAGAUUCCUCUGCAUCACUGGGUUCAGCAGAUGAGUGAAUAAAUGCACAGCGAUGGUUAAUGCCAUGUUUGCAAGCAGUAGAACAUGGACAGCUGAAAGGACAGGUUACAGCCAAAGGGCUUGGCUGCUGUUGUGUUUUGAUGGUUGGCAAAUAACCUUGAUACUGAUCAGUGUGUCCUUUGACACUGGAAGUUACUGCUCUUAAAAAAUACAGAUGAGGAGAAGCCAGGCAGUGCUGUACCACAGGUCACCCCACAGCCUACAUCAAACCAGGUGUGCUGUGCAGGUCCCAGUCCCCUGGGAAUGGGAGCACUUCGCAUUCUAGACAAUGAAUGAAGGAAAAAGUGGUGACAUACUCCUGGCACUGGGAAUAUGAGGUAGUGGUUUUCUGCCUUCAGCUCUGUGGUGCUUCACACUGGGUGAUGAACCUUGAAGUGAAAAUGUUUCUGGGCUCCAGAGACCCUCAGCCCCCUGCAGCCUCCCCUGCCAGAUGUGCCCAGAUGAGAAUAAGCAAGUGAGCAUGCUUCAGAGCAAGCGAUAGCAAAUUGCUCUGCCUUUGUUUAGAAAGUUGCAUUCUUGAGGCAUGAGAAGUUGGGCAUGUCAGGAAAGGGCUUUCAUAUAAAUCAUCCUUCUGCCAAUGAGAAGGAACUGGAAGGAUGCAAUGUACUUGCAGACUGAGCAAACUUUAUAGCCAGGAGCAAAAAUAGUAAAAAAUGACAGAAAAGCUGUAAUACAUUCUACAGGCCAAAUGUUGCUUCUCAUGGAUGGCAGCAUUACCUCUGAUCUCCAGAGCAGAGUUCUUGCCUGUUGACCAUGAGCAGGUGAAGGGCUGAUUGCUGUGACGUAGAUGCUCCAAGGCUGUACGUACAAAUGGUAAUAGUAUGGGGAGUGCUGAUGUACUGAUGAAGAGAUCAAAGAUGCUUGUGUAGUGGCUGGUGGACUUUGGCAGCUCUCCUGCGCAUGGCAGCUGCUGGGCAGUGGCAGACACCCAGGUGGAGCCUGGCUAGAAGCAGUGGGGAGGGCUGUCAGGGCAGGCUUGGCCUUAUCGCUGUGCUUUUUGUUGUGGGCAGAAGAGAACCAUGCUGGUAUUUACCGAGUGGCAAAAGCUUAGGUUGGCAGUGUUAUGUGCUGGACUGGGCAUAGGAAUGGUUCCUGGUUCAACCACCGCAGAUGUCAGAGUGCAGUGUGGCUUGUGUUGGAAGAAACUUGUGACUUACAGCCAGCAUCUUAACAAGAGGCUGAAAAUCAGAUUGUAAAUAGCUCCCACCGACACUGAGAAAGCUGUCAGCACUGAUAAGACAGCAGUAGCAAUCUAAAUUGAAGUGUGGCUGUCAGAACCUGCUUUGUGAUGUUGUGGUCCUCUCUGCACAAUGACACAACAGUCGCAGCGGAUUUGUAAAGGAGCAAACAGCACACUUGGGUUAGUGAGGGUGCACAGAGUGGACCUGGGGACCAGUGGGUACAAAUUAAGGCUGCUUCUGUACAGGGAAAUGAAUGUAUGGCUUUUGCACAGGUGGCCAUUCCUGUGCUGGAUUUAGUCUGUGGGUAAUAAUAGCACUGAAGAGGUGGCAGAGGAGCACGAAUGUAGGCUAGCACGUGGAGUACAGCCCUCAGGGACCUGGGUUGCGUGGAUUGUGCCUACGCUCAUCAGAUUUAUGUUGUAACUGCUGUGCUAAUAUCAGCUCCUUCAAAAAAAAAAAAAGAAACUAAAAAAAAAACCAAACCAAAACCAACUAACCCUCAGAGUCAAUAAAAAAAGCAGCAGCAAAAUCAGCAUGGAAAAAAAGAACACAAAACAAAGCCCUCAAGCAAAUGAAGAUUUGAAUUGUAGGAAAAGAACAGGAGUGGAUGCAGGGACCGUGUCGUUGGAGUGCUGAGCAAAGGUGUGGGACAGCAGCAGCUGAGUGAAGCACCUUCCCACGAGGCAGCUGGUCCCAGGAUAGGCCAGACCCAGGCUGUGGGAGGAAUAUGGGGAGCACUGUGUGCUGCCUUCAGCAAAGUGUUGAAUCGGCUGGUGUCGAUGUGCUGACUGGAAAGGCAUGGCUGGGGAGAAAGGACAGAAUCGUGCAUCGCUGAAAGAUGCAGCAAGAAAGGUGAGAAAAGGAAAUUGUACUGCUGUCGGCUUUUUAGAGAUAAGAGUGCAGCUAAAGUAACUGAACUUGCCAAUAGAAUGUGGGUCUGAGAUCAGAGAGAAAGCAAUUUCAGAGCAAAAAUGCAAAAGUGACUGUGGUAAUUAGGAGUGUUUACAGACAAAUUUGGCCAAAUAUCAGACCCCGUUACAGCACUUGCUGGGACAAGGAUUAUAGGAGCAGAGCUGAAGCAGUGUGAGCUGAAUGUUGAGCCAUGGAAUCAUGUGCUGUCCAGACCUGUGCUGUAAGAUUAGUUGCUGAAGUGAGCACUGAAUGACACAAGCUGCUCAUCAUUGGGCUGGAAUUCUAAGAAAGCCUCCUCUGUCUCAUCACUGACUGUGGAACAUCUUGGGAUGUUAUGGCAUAAUAAUAAAUAACAUUGAUGCAGGACGUGCAGCUCCAGUGAAUGUAAACUUGAGCAGCUGGCAUCAUGUGGAUAGCAGUGUCAGAUAUAAGACUACACACAUUCUUUUUCCCCUCACUGCUCUGCUGUUGGCUUUUUCAUGUGCAAGCACAUAGCUGAUGCAAUGCAGGAAUUCUGUGGUUCAGCAGUGGGACACCAGCAAGCUAGGUGUCACUGAUGGCACAACUUCUCUCUGCUCAUGUGAGGAGACACUGAAAGGUUGCUUGGUAUGGAGAAUAAAGUUGACGUUAAUGAUAAUUUAUGAGAAGAACAGAUCUAGUAAGAAUCCCAGCUAAAGCACAGUGUUAGAAAGCGGAGGAACAUAGAAGUGAGUUGGUUCUUGUUCCCUAGAAAUAACAAACACUGCAAGGAAGUAUUCAGAGAGGAAUUAUGGACUGGCAGUGUACCAGCUGUAUUCAGCAGAGUCUGGUUAUUGAAAAACUACAGCUUGAAGGUCAAACUCAGAUCCUGAACUGUUCUUUCUGUCUUAACAUAUGAAUGUUGUAGAAAUAUGCUGGAGCUAUAGACAGGCUUGUCAGCAUCUUCCAGAGCAAUGCUUCAGAAAUAAGACCAAGUGUUAAAUAAAAUGACAUACUUUGGCAUUUUUAACAUGACUGAAGUGUAAAUCCUUACCUCUACUGUUAUCCACAAAAGGUGGAAGUAUCUGAGACUUGGGUUGGAACGAAGUAGUUGAUGGAGAGAAUCCCUUUGAUCAGCAGUGAGUGGCCAUGCCUGGGUUGGGAGGCAUCGAGGGCUGGGCUGGGUUAGUUCUCACUGCCCCUGCUCUGCAGAGAGUUGGUGUCUCUCCAUUCCUGUAUUCUGUGGUUGCAGCCCUGCUGGGAAUGAUUUACAUUCCUCUCCAAGGUCUAACUUGACUGUUGGCACUUCUCAGCGUGCUCCUAAGCUUCCUGACUCCUAACCAGGAUCUCACUUAGGGGAGUCAUUUUCUUCUUUCUCGCUUAGUUCUCAGCUCAUCCUGAUAUGCAGAUUCGUGUUCUUCCUGGUGAUUACUAGUGCUUUCGUUUGAACAACUUCAGGCUUACUUUACACAGAUGUGCAUGUGCAUGCGAUGGUGCUUUGACAGUGUGGUAACUGGGUCCGGGAUAAGUUUUUAGUGUCAGGUAGGUACUGGGCCAGCUCCUUCACUCAGGCUCUCAAGGCACAUUAAGGCACCAGAUCAGAGGCAGAGGGAAAAGGUGGGUCAGAUAAACUGCAAUGUUUUCCACAAUCAUUAGCCAGACCAAAAGUUAUGGUCACCAUGAAUUCUGUGUAGCAGAGGACCUGUGCAGUCCAGCCCAGCAUGUAGUGCAGUUGGCUGUGUGUCGUCAUGCAAAGCAAUGAAUUAAAUGUGGUCCAUUGAGUCCAGAUUGAAUUUAAGCAUCUAGCGCUGGACUCAAGUCAGGUCUCAGGCUGAAACAUAUGAAAAGGUGAACCAAGGCCCCAGAUUAAUGUGAGCUAAAGUGGCUCAUGCAGUAUUUACAGGAGGCAGGCUUUGAAAUUCAUGUACUUCUGCCACUGAUUUCUUUGGGUUUUGUUAUGCCCGAACUAUUCAAGUCUGGGGUGAAUGAGAGGGACAUAUGACAGGGAUUUAGGCACAUACCUCCUUGCCUUUGGUUGCCUGGAGCACAGCCUAGUGCAGGAUGCCUUCUUUCUGAGUGCCUUUACCUACACGUGGGCCUAAAGGGCAGGUAGGGAGGCGGCCACAGCUUGUAGCUCAGCGUUCCCCCUGCAUACCAGCACUGCCCUUUCCCAUCGCUUCUGAAGGAUGACCAGAGAAGUAGAGGACUUGCUUUCCACUCACAGCAUGCCACUGCUUUUUUACGGUAGCCAUGUUGCUGCAUUUGCUUACUACUACACUGAUUAUCAAGUCCUGUUGAUUCCCACUGCUGCCUGCUGAGCGCUCUUUGCAGGACAGCUUGCACUGACACCUUAAUCUCCUUGGUUAGAGCAUAUGGCAGCUCACAGCAUAUAGCAGAAGCACUCUCUGAUGCAAAUCCCUUGCUCUGUCACACCAAGAUGGCUUGUGUGGCACCCAUGCUAGGAGCUGCGCAGCUUUCAUUUGCCUCUGUGCUCUGGACUAACCUGUACGAUUGUCUUUUCUUCCCAUUCAUUCCUCAUCUCCUGUUUCCUGACAUUAAUUAAUACACCAAAUAAACUCCUGGGCAGGAAGAUGUGCCAGUGCCAAGAAAUCUGUAACGUCUCUGUUUCUGGUGAUUAACAGUUCAGCUUGCUCCUGCUGACCCUGCUCUACCAGGGGUUGGACUAGGUGACCCCAGAGGUCCCUUCCUCCUCAGCUGUUCUGUGCUCACUGAUCCGUCACUCAUGUCUCACACACAGCUUUGCAAGGGUUUGCUGCCUGGUGGCAAUACAGACCUGUCACCCAGAAUGGCCGGUGUGGAGAAACUGUGGCAGCUGGCUUGGCAAUGCGUGUGUGUGCUUGCUUAGCACAGCUGUGGUGCCUGGACCAAACAUCUGUAUUGCCCCUUGCCUGCUCUCCUAGCAGCUGAAAGCAGAUGCUUCAAAAAGAGCUGGGUGAGUGCACACUGCUCUGGACUUAACACAUCUCCUGGCUCUGGCAGUCUGCUGUCAGAGCUUCCAGCACUUUCCACAGGUGCUUGUUGAAUCCUGUGUUGUGACCGGCCUCAAAUGGAAGCUCUGUGGGGUCUUAGUUCCACUUGUUAGCCAGUUCCUCUCUCUUCAUGGCUCUCCAGGAGCUGAGGCUGCAGUCCCUCUGCUUCCUGGUGCAGGCAGGAUGGUGUUGCUGCCCCACGUGUGUUGGGAUCAGUUUGGCUGGACAGAGCAGCACAGGAACACAGCGACAUGUGGUUGUGUUGAGGGUGUGGGAGAAGAAUGCUUGCUGAGUGGACAGAAGUGACUCUGCAUGUUGUAAGUGGGUCACUUGAGAGUGUCCCACGCCUGUUACGCAAGCAGGGACGUACUUAUGCUGUAGCCGACAGCCACCUGCUCCCUUUGCUUUUUGGCUGGUACUGCAGCUCCAGCUCUGCAGGCUUCUUAUUUUAGGUCUAAUUUUAUUUCUUCAUCUCUUAGCCAGUCAUUCUUCACAUUUCCUGGUAACCUGCUUUCUUCUGCCUAUAAAUGACUUGCCAAAGCUUGUCCCAGUCCUAUUUUCACCCAAGCUGUACUUUUUUUCUUUUCUGAUAGAAGAAGCUUUUUGCAAGUUGCUCUGUUUCCCUUCCCCUCCAGCCUUUGUUUCCUUGUGUUUGUGCUGGAAGAUGUUUGCUCAGUAGCAGGCUUUUUUCUCAGCAGCUUUUCAUUGUUCUGUCCUUGAUCCCAGUGUGCCAUGCCCCGAGUCAGCAGGCUCAGCCUGUCCAAGGUGCUCAGUAAAAGGCAUGUUGUGGUUCUCAUAAUGCCAUUUGCUUCUUGUCCACUACCUACCUACUCAUUCACCAACGCUUAGUAAAGGGCAAACCACUAUUUUCUCCAGAGAAAAGUCUGGCAAAACCAAUAGUCCACAGGACCACGUCACUGUUUAUCCCUUAAGUCACUGCAGCCAGUUCAUGUUUCUCUGGUGCUUUUCCUCUUGGGUCUUUUCUCUUAAUCUGCAGGUCAGUAGCAUGUCCUACUUCUCAGGAUUCAUAUAUUUCUGUCAGCCAGGUUCUGCUCACUCCUUGCCUUCCCCAGGGAAGAGUGGCCACUUCCCAUGUGGAUAAGAAUAAGAAUCACAAAGAGGCUUGGUUGGAAGGAACCUUGAAGUCCCUGUGAGUUCCAGUCCCUGCCAUGUGCAGGGCUGCCCCCCACCAUUUCAGGCUGCCCAGGGCUCCAUCCAACCUGGCCUUCAGCACCUCCAGGAAUGGGGCACCUACAGCUUCUCUGGGCACCCUGUACCAGAACCUCACUGCCAUCUGAGUGAAAAAAUUUCUCCUCAUCUAAUCUAAAUCUCUCCUAUUUUAAAGCUAUUCUUCCUUGUCCUAUUGCUAUCAGACCAUGUAAAAAGUUGGUCUUCCUCCUGCUUUUGAGCUCCUUGCUCUUCUCCAGGCUGAAGAAGCCCAGAUCCCUGAACCUUUCCUCACAAUAGAGGUGCUCCAGCCUUCUGAGCAUUCUCAUGCCCUCCUCUGGACCACUCCAACAGCUCCACAUCUUUCUCGUGUGGAGGCCCCAGACCUGGAUGCAGUACUCCAAAUGAGGCCUCGUGAGGGCAGAGCAGAGGGCGACUCACCCCCUUAGCCCUGCUGCCACCCCUUUGUUGAUGGAAUUGUGUGCUAUGCUGUCAGCCAGCAGUAAUGGGCCAUGUCCUGCUCUCUCUCCAGCCUGCGAAGCUGCUGCCCCUGCUAUGAUGCCCGGGCAGAUCCCCGACCCGUCCCUGACGGCCGGUGCACUGCCAGGGCUCGGCCCUUUGACAGGACUGCCUGGCACCGCCCUGACAGCCGAGGAGCUGAAAUACGCCGACAUCCGCAACAUUGGGGCCAUGAUCUCACCACUCCACUUCCUGGAGGUGAAGCUUGGGAAGAGACCCCAGCCUGUGAAAAGCGAGCUUGAUGAGGAAGAGGAGAGGAGGAAAAGGCGCCGGGAGAAAAACAAAGUAGCAGCAGCGCGAUGUCGUAACAAGAAGAAGGAGAGGACGGAGUUCCUGCAGCGGGAGUCUGAGCGCCUGGAGCUCAUGAACGCUGAACUGAAGGCCCAGAUAGAAGAGCUGAAACAAGAGAGGCAGCAGCUGAUCCUGAUGCUGAACCGGCACCGUCCCACCUGCAUCGUUCGGACAGACAGCAUCAAGACUCCCGAGAGUGAAGCCAACCCGCUGCUGGAGCAGCUGGAGAAGAAGUGAAGGUGGCACUGGAGGAGGAGACCGGCACGGGGUCUUCCGGAGUCGCUAAUGUAUGUAUCGUAUGAAGAACUGUGCACCGAGGCCUGGUGCAUCCAGGACCCGAUGGGCUUCCUUGGGAACUAUGGACCAAAAAAAAUUUGGGGACAGAGAAGAUUGGGAAUCUGUCAAACGUCAACUCCGUGGCUGAACCCGGGAGCAGGGCUGGUGGCACGGGCGAAGGCAACCUCUGUGUGAUACCUCAUCACAGCCCUUCAGCCUGUUUGUGGCCCUGGGGACCCAUGGCGCACAGAGAAGGAGGGGGCGGGAGAAGACCUCCCACUCGGCCCUCUUCCCCACAGCCCUCAGAGUGCCCGUGGGGCGCAGGGACGUGGCCUGCCGGAGCCAUCCCCACAGGCUGCCGCCGCACCCGGCGCACACUCGGCACGGAACCCAGCUGCAGAACCGCAGACACUUGACGCGCCCCGUCCGGUGGCAGGCCCGUCGGGGCCCGGUGGCGCAGGCGCCCCCCACAAGCACACUCUCAGUAUAAUGUUUACAGCCCAGCUGUCCGUGUCGGCCGUGCUUUUGAAUGCACAUUUUUACACUUUUUUUAAAGAUAUUUUUUACAAAGUUUUUAUACGGCGAUCUCUAUAUGGAUUUAUAUAAUCACUAGAUGUGAUCCCAUAGAAACGUAUGUUACGAUGGUCUGUUUGUUACAAACGCAUAUGCCGCAGUUAUCUCCACUGUGUUACCUGUCUGGCAGUGGGCUCCUUCCCCAGCGCUCUGGGAUGGGCGCCCAGCAGCCCUCUGCAGUGCUGCCGCUGCCGCCUCCAUCCAUGUAUGUCCUUCAUAAUAUUCAGUUCUGUAUCUCCCAGUAAAUGUUACCUUUAUGUA